AUGUGCAUGAGCCUCCACCACCCCAACAUCGUACCCUUCUAUGGGGUCAGCUCGGACACGACCUCAGUAUCCUUCAUCACGGAAAAGCCAGAGCGCGGCAGCCUCGCCAACGCCUUGGCCAAUGACACGAAUACACUCUCAGCGCUCGAGCGACUUUGCAUCCUCCUGGACGUGGCCCGCGGCAUGCAGUACUUGCAUAGCAAGCCAGUGCCAGUCUUGCACCGCGACCUUCGCGCCGCCAACAUCAACCUCUCGUACGUGGCAUGA